AUGAAGAAGCCAUCUCCACAUUCAGACGACUCUGGUCCCUCAAAUUAUCAGAAGCUACCAUCUAUAGCAGAGAUUAUUCAAGCUGAUCAGUACCGCGCUCGUCAUAGCCUAGGUACUCCACCAGCGUCUCCAUCACCUGGUCCAUCAUUCAUCAAGGAAGAGGAGGAUCCUCCACCCCAGCCAAUUCGUCCCCUGUCGAACUUACCUCAUCGCUUUCGUGAUUCAUCCACCGAGAUUUCACUUCCUCGCGCAGGCAGCCUUGAUGUAAAUCAACCUGCACAAGCUCGAUACCAGCACGUUUUGGACCGUUACCCUGAUAACCAGACCUAUAAAGAGGCGUUGGGUCAAAUCAUGUCACUUUCUCAUACUAUCUACAAUUUUGCUCAGGCCAACCAGAGCACUGCCUUGCAGCAGAACACCAUACCUGUGAAUCCUGUCAGGCUCCCGCGAGAGCAGGAGGUCAGUGAUAUGUUUAGAUAUCUGGAAAGGACCAAGCAAUUAUUGCAGCAAGUCGGUCCACCACAAACAUCUCUAGGGCUCCAACUGCCCAAUCCCAUGCCGAUACCGAUGAAUGCGUCGGCAGGAGUUUCAAGGCCAGAUCUGGUGAGUCGUCACCUGACACAACUGGGGACAUGUCUGACGGUCAACAGCCCGUGGUUCUUUCAACACGAUGCUGUAAUUGUAGUAGAUUUAUUGCUCGCGCAUCGCGACAUCGAUCGCAUAGGGGACAGGCUUUGUGCCGAGAUUGUACUUCUUAUCAAACGAGGCAGGAUGCUAAGCGAAGCUCUCGACGUGAUCGGCCACUCUGAAGCCAAGUGCACUCAAAUCGGCACCGCUAAGAUUUGA